GGGAUAGAAACUGUUCAGGAGCCUGUUGGUGUCAGACUUGAUGCACCGGUACCGCUUGCCAUGCGGAAGCCAAUAGAACAGUUUAGGGCUUGGGUGUCUGGAGAAUGAAAAUAUGUUUGAUUUCUGCUUUCAAAUUUGAUUACAACGUGAUCUAUGUGUCUGAAUAUUGACAUAAACAACCCCAUGUGUAAACUAUUUAGUGCCUAUCUAUUAUCUAUUAGUUGCAUGUAAUUGUCACGAGGUAGGCCUAUCUCCAAUUUUUAGUAGGGAAACUCCUAAACUCUUAAGUGCUUUAGUAGUUUACAUAAUGCUAUCUUUGUUAUAAUGUUCUACUUAGUAGUGUAUUAUUGUUUUCGUUAGCCACAGCGGAUUCCAUAAUUGGCACGAUAGUGCUGGUAUUUGUAGUAGUGCUAGUAGUUUUAUGAUAGUGGGCUCUCAUAAUAGGCUAAUAACAUUCCUAGUAAUAAUAGGAUAUAGUAUUUGUAAUUUCUAGUAGCGAAAUAGUAUUUGUAAUUCCUAAUAAUAGUGGGCAAGUAUUUGUAAUUGAAACGGUAUUUAAAAAAGAAGCCAGGUAUAGAUUGACAUACUUCUACAUCUGCAUCUGCAUUGCUUGCUGUUUGGGGUUUUAGGCUGGGUUUCUGUAUAGCACUUUGUGACAUCUGCUGAUGUAAAAAGGGCUUUACAAAUACAUUUGAUUGAUUGAUUGAUACAAUGUGCACAAUAUUUUCUACAUCGAGUUUUAAUAAUUGUCAUUUAUUUGUUUUAGCUUAAUUAUUUAAAUAUGCCACAAUUAGGCCUAUUUCCGUGCUUUUAUGCUUCACUAUUAGGCUAUUGAGAUAUAGGAAUACAUGUGUAUGUUUUUUUUUUUCUUUAGGCCUAAUAUAAUAGUUUUUAAUUCCUCGGUUCUGUUUAAUAUCCAGAAUAUAUCCUGGAUGCACAGGUUUUUCUCAUAUCCAUGGAUAUACGAAUAUAAUAUUAGCCUAGAACAAUAACAUGAUUUUUCCCACAAAAAAAAAAAAAAAAGACAGUGGUAAAUCUAUAGCUAUGAGUAAAUUAGCCUACCAUGCAAACACAAAUAAAAUACUAUACUCAUUUCAAUUUUUCCGUAUUUUCUUGCUCAAAAUAAUCUUACAUUAACUGAAAUAAUUUCAUUUUUUCCCCAGUAGGUGAUAUAAUAACAAAUCAUAGGACCUUGAUGAAAUAACAAAUGAAGCUAGUCGGAUAUUAUUCUCAGCAGGCUUUUGGUCUGAUUAGUCUUUAAUAUGAUACUAUAUUAUAUUAUUAUUGUAUAAUACCAAACUAAUAUGUUAUAAGGCUAAACAAAAUAGCACGAUAUAGCACAACAUUAUGAGCUUAUCUUUAAUAGGGUGUGUGCGUAAAAAGUUUUUUCUUUUGGAAUGUUGUAGGUUCGGUCAUAACUUUCUCUGGUUCUAGGACAAUGGAAAUAUGAAAGGUUGAAACAUUUUGACCGAGGAUGGAAAGCGUCCCAGAGCAUUAGUUUUAAGGAAGAAUAUCUACAUCAUUUACGUUCCUUGGCGCCAUAGAAAGAAUGCAGUUUAAGACAUUUGGUUUCGUUAAUAAGCCCCAAUAUGGAGACGUUAUUCUGGUUAAUUUCAGCCCUGUGUGUUUUGUUGUGAGUAUCAUUGGUAAUGCAUAUUACCCUCUAACAUAUGUGUAGAUAUCCCUCGUUAAAUGUGUUUUACCUAAUUUGGGAGGAUUAUAUUUUGGAUUUACUGAUCUAUACUAAUAGGGACAGAUACUUUCAAUGGUCUUUUUGAAAGGUACUUUUCUCAAUGGAGUUUAGCCUCUUCCUUUUCAUAGCCCUACAUUUAUAUCAGUAACAGCCUACUAAUCAUAUAAAAUAAGAAUAAUUUGCUUUUAAAACUAGACGUUCUCACGUUUUAAGACAAGAGGCCCGCGAGCAUUUAAUAGCCAAAGGGAUUGAUUUAUUAUUUAUUGUUCAGCCUUUAUGAUCACGUGCGCGCAUCACCCAAUCGAAUGGCAGCCCUGCGUCCCAACUAUUAGUAGACUGUAGUUCUUUGUGGUGCCAAGUUGCUACUUGAUUUCUUCAGAUUGUUAUUUUGUGAGAGUGGGGUUUAGUGCGUGUGUAUGUGUGUGUUGUGUGUGUAUCAGUGUAUGUGUGCGUACAUAUGAAAGUCUCUUUUGCCAUGUCGACAUCUGGAACGUUGACUAGCUACUACGUCGACUCCCUCAUCUUGCCCGAGAGUGAGGCGCUCUCCGCGCCCAGAUACUCCUCCGGUCCGGGGGGGCUUCAGCACGCUAGGCAGCCCACAUCGCUCACCGAUCACACUGAGCUUGGGCCCUACACCUUCCCGACGAAAGCCCCGGUCUUUAGCCCGUCCUGGGGUCAUGUACCGACCCAGUUUCCAGGCGCCGUGUCGUCGGUGUACCACCACCCAUACGUGAAUCACCGAGGCCCGGCUCCAGGCGACGUGGAGGGUCGCUACAUGCAGUCCUGGCUGCUGGAGCCCAUGUCAGGGUCCUUGCCUUUGACUGGAUUACCGACGAGUCACCACUACGGGAUCAAACCAGAGAGCCUGGAUGCGCGAGCGGACAUCGCGCUGCCUGGAUCCCACACCGCGCUGCUCCUGUCCGAUUUCGCCGACGGAACGGUGGCAACGACGUCCCCGGUGGACAAGGACACACUACCGGGCCAGACCGGGGACCUGAACGGGGAGAUAGAGGAGAAACCAGCCCUUGAUCCAAAUAACCCGGUAUCCAAUUGGCUCCACGCGAGCGCCACGAGAAAAAAGCGCUGUCCAUACACCAAGCACCAGAUCCUCGAGCUGGAGAAAGAGUUCCUCUUUAACACUUACCUCACGCGGGACCGUAGGUACGAGGUCGCGAGGCAGCUCAACCUUACCGAGAGACAGGUCAAAAUCUGGUUUCAGAACCGCAGAAUGAAGAUGAAGAAAUGUAAUAAAGAUGGUGGACCAAAAUAUGAUUUAUAGGUAUGAUUGAUUGAAUGGGAACGUAAAAAAUAUCAGAAAUAAGGGGGAUAUCUGUGAAAAGGCUUUUUCUCUGCUGGACUGUAUUUUUAAAAGCCUUUGUCUCAUUGUUUUAUCCCUAACAGAAGCUGUUAUGUGUCUUGUAAAAAGCAUGUCCGGCUCUACUCCUCGGUUUGAUGCAACUAACUACCUUUAUAUUGCACAAUUUAACAGUGCGCAUUAUUUUUUGUUAUUGUUAUUAGGAUGUUAAUUAAUUAAAGCCUUGGCUGUGAGUGCAUCUGUGUAAGGCAUGUAGCCUAUUAAUAUGCCUGUUCUCUGUACUCGUUUGUGUAUGGAUGUGUGUAGCUAUGUGUGUGUCCUCUGGUUUGUAGAUAUAGGCCUCUAUGUAUUUCAGGUUACACUGAAUUUAGUUUUAAAGUUUUUUUGUUGUCGUUAUUUCAAUUAUUGGUAACGUUGAGUUAGGAUCUAACGUUGGAGCAAUAGGCUAACGUAAUGGUAGCAUUUUGAAGCGGGUGCUUGAGCAUCAAAAAGCCACUUUGGCCUAUUGGCCUAUUGAAAAUGUUAUUAGAAGCUACAUAGCAAUGAUAUUGUGUUGACUACCUAGACUCUCUCAACUACCUAUAAUUACAAGAACCUAAUUUCAUUUUUACAUGACUUUUCGUUGUGAAGAGACAUAAUGCUUGUAUUGAUAGUAAACUAUGUCUGAAUUUCAGGGAGUAACAUUUGAGAGGACAUAUUUGUUAGAAAGAGAGAGAGAGGAAAUAAAUAAAAAAAAACACUGUAUGCUACCUAAUGAAUACCUCAUGGUCGGGAGACUUUCAGAUUUUUGGUUCUCAAAUGUAAUUUGUACUAUUUAUUGAAUAAAACAAAUUAUAUCUGCGAAUGCAGCCACAUUGAA